UUUUUUUUUUUCUCUCUGAUGCGAUUUUGAUUCUUCCCUUUCAUUCUCCACAUGUUUAUCUCGGAAUCUUUGGGGUUUGCUUUGUCUUUUAUUUCUUGCCUCGCGUGUCCUGUGGGUGUUAGUUCAUCUUUGUAUGUGUCCUGUUGUCCUCUUGCUUCGUCUCUUACCUCUUCCAACACCAGCCAGCCAGCCAUCCCUAUCCUCCCUCUCCACCCAUCUCCCCACACAACGUGUGGACCACGCGCUUCCUCCUCACACCGUGAGACAAUCUUCCUGUUGGCUGGCUGUUCAUUUCAUUCGCUCGUAUGUCCUUGCCGAAGAGGACGUGAGGGCAAGGAUCUAGGGUAUGAGGAUCGGUCUUUCUUGGAAAGUGGUUUCAAUCGGCGCGGUCGUAUCGUUCUUCUUUUUCUCUCUUGUUUUCUUUUCUUUUCUUUCCAAUUGCAUGCUACGCCUCUUUUCAUUUUCUCUUUUUUCCUUCUUCUUUCCGUGUGACUCUCUCUCUCUCUCUCUUUCUCAUUCUGUUGUCUAUCUCGCUACCUAUUUGGUACAUGCUAGGAUCUGAUUACUUUCUUCUUCAUCUUCUUUUCUUUAUCUAUUCUUCGCUAUCAUUUUUUAUUUUAUUUUCUCGAGUCUGCAGGG